UCCUCUUUAAAAGCAAGACCCUCCCCUUCCUCCUCACUGCCACACCACAUCGACAGCUCCAUCGAUUCAUCCACCGCUAUCUCUCUCUCUCUCUCUCUCUCUCUCUCUCUCUCUCUCUUUCAACUGUAAGGGAAACCGAGCUCAAAGUGGCAACCAUCAAUGGAUAUUAUGGCGCUUAAUGCGAGAGACGAGGAGCAGUACGGGAACAACCAUCUCGGGCUCGGGCUGAGCCUCAGCCUCGGCCUCGGCGUCGCCACCGCGGCUCCGGUCGAGGUCGAGCCCCCGCCACCGCCGCGGCAGCAGCAGCAGCGAGCUAUCAGCGUCGCGCCCAUCACCUCCCUCCCCGCGCCGCAGUGGUGGAAGUGGAACGGCCCCGGUCUCUUCUUCGGGACGACAAUGGAUCAGCAGCAGCAGCCGGCGGCCGCGCGCCACGGCCACGAGAUGCCGUUCCUGCGGGGGGUGGACGUGAACCGGGCCCCUGCCGGGGAUACCAGGAGGGGUAGCUGCAGCGAGGACGACGAGGAGCCUGGCGGCGCGUCGUCGUCGCCAAACAGCACGCUCUCCAGCAGCCUCAGCGGGAAGCGCGCAGCUCCGGCGAGGAGCGGCGGAGAGGUGGCCGACCACACCCCGAGAGCCGGAGGCGGCAGCGACGACGAGGACUCCGGCGGUGGGUCGCGCAAGAAGCUCCGCCUGUCCAAGGACCAGGCCGCCGUCCUCGAGGAGAGCUUCAAGGAGCAUAACACACUCAACCCCAAGCAGAAGGCGGCGCUGGCGAAGCAGCUGAACCUGAAGCCGCGUCAGGUGGAGGUGUGGUUCCAGAACCGCAGAGCCAGGACGAAGCUGAAGCAGACGGAGGUGGACUGCGAGUUCCUGAAGCGCUGCUGCGAGACGCUGACGGAGGAGAACCGGCGGCUGCAGCGGGAGGUGGCGGAGCUGCGCGUGCUCAAGCUCGUGGCGCCGCACCACUACGCGCGCAUGCCGCCGCCCACCACGCUCACCAUGUGCCCCUCCUGCGAGCGCCUCGCCUCCGCGUCCGCGUCCGCCGACCAGGCGGGCCGUGCAGGGCCCUGCUGGGGCCCUCUCCCCGUGUUCGUCGACGGCCCAGCCCGGAGGCCGUGAUCCACGACCACGAUAUGGCAUGAGAUGGAUGCGCUUGCUAAUCGCUACCGCUAGCUAAGUAGCUAGUGCUAAUUAGGGCUGGAUCUUCUUUUUUUCUUUGUUUGGUUCUUAUUAUACUCGCAGGCUAUUACAGCUUAGUAGUGUUUAUUAGUCCGAUAUGAUAAAAAUCUUCGUUGUUUGGCAGUGUUUUAUUUGCUGAAAAAUAGAUAACGAUGUCUUAUGUCUUUGUACUCAUAAGUGAUGCAAAAUUGUCUUACUACUACUUUGCAUAUAUAAGGUUUCAGUUGUUAA